AUGGUAAGGAUAUCUGUGCACCAAACGAAAUUGGGUCCGGUCAUCCCUGAGGCACAGCGGCUAAGGCAAUCGUUAGCACGAACACCACAAACGCCCCAAAAUCCUGCUCAAUCCACCACCCCCGCUGCACCUCCUCCUGCUCCAGAAAAACGACCGUUUUUAGACCCGCUGCCCCCUCCACCUCAAUCCCCUCGUAACCCCAGCAACCCCUCUUCGAAAUUUCAUCCAUUCCCUCCCCCUCCUGGCCAAUCACAGAACCCGGCUCCACAGCCGCCGGACCCUAUCCAACGAACGGGUGAUGGCCUGCUUCCUUUCACUCAAGCACCUAUUGGGGCUGGAUUCUUUAGUUCAUUCCAACCACCUCCGCAAUCCCAGAGACCAGCACCACCCCCAAUACCCCCCUCACAGCCGCCGAAUCCCAGAGAUCCUCCACCUGGGUCCCCACAUAGUAACACUUCAUGGCAGGGAUCUGGUCAAAGUGACCAAGAAAGGCAGUCACAAAGUAGCCAAGUAGCCCCGGGAAAUGGUACAGGACCCCCUAGACCGCCACCGGGAGGUCCGUUUAUGUCCUCGGCACUACCUCCAAAACCCGCACCAAAAGGAGCAAACCACCCCGGCAAAAACUUAGGUUUCUCCUCCCAAACGACACCAUUGCCUUUACCGACACCUAACCAACAGUAGCAAACACAAAUGCCUAUCGGUAACCAAAAAGGCAUUACUUACUAUGAUGUUCCCCCUGCACGAGUCUCCAAUAAGAUAUGUCCACCAACCAUUAUUGGCCAUUUCAAAAAGGCCUGAAACAAUAAGAACAACUAUACGGGCGAGCCAUACGACAUCCUCAAAAACAAGUUUCGAUUC